AGUUUUUUUUACUAAAUAAAAUAACUAAAAUUUAUAUGAGUUUUAGGGUUUAUUAUUUUAUACAAUGAACAUAUUAGUAACCAACGAGGGGUUGGAUCAAGUGGUAAGCGGCUUGUUCCAGUUUAAGCAAGGUCUCGAGUUCGAGUCCUUGUGUAUGCAGCAGCCCUCGCUGGGAGACUCACCCACCAUUUCCAGCCGGCCAUGUCUGAUCCCCCUCUUCACAAACCAAUUCAAUGCCGGCCAUCAUCCCUCUCCCCACCUGGAAUUGACCAAUGCCAAACAGAGUACCGUCUUCUGGCGUAACUGGAAGCGUCAGAAUCACAAAUCAAAUCAUCAGUUCGAUGACGAUGCUGAUGCUGAUGCUGAUGCUCCGUCCUCUUCUUGGGUUCAAGACGACAGCUUGAGCGAUGCCAGAAACGGUCCGAUUCCAAAAGUGACAUGUAUUUACCCGACCUUUGCUCUGCUUCCGUCAUAUUCAGGUGCAGGGACGCAAAUAUUGUCUCUCCAACAGUGGCAGAGCCGGGGGACAAAGGGUAAGCAAAAUACUACUGCUACAACUACUCCAUCUCCAUAUGUUUUAUCUGCAAACCAACAACUAAAGGAUGAUUCUGACGAGGAUCUCCACACUAUCUCAUCUGGAGCAUCCCCUUUGCUACUCAACACCAAACCCAAACCCAAACCCAAGAUGACUAAGGCUAGAUUGAAAAAAACUAGAAGAAAGCUGCACAAGGACGACUCUCUGCCUUUGCCUCCACCACUCCGGCGCGCUCAACUAGUUCUUGUUAAAGAUAAGGAUUAUCAUAAUGAAAAACAGAUAGCUCCUAGCAAUGUUGGCUCUUCGGAUGCCACCACUACUUCAUUCAUCGAUGGUGAUGAUGAGGUGGAUGAUCCCUUGGAUUUGCCUGCCCGUCAGGGAUGUGGGAUUCCUUGUUAUUGGUCCAAGAGACCCUCAAAACAUAAAACCUUGUGUAGGAAUUGUUGCUCUUCCUCCUUUUCUGCUACUCCAAGGGGGAAAGGCACCAGCAUUCUUUGUGGAGCUCAGUCGGUAUACACUGGACACAGACAAUUCACUGAGCUCAAUCCGAUUGGAUACGUGCCGGUGCUGGUUGACGGUGAUGUUGUGGUGUCUGGCUCUUUUGCUAUUUUGAUGUAUCUGGAAGAGAAGUACCCUGAGCAUCCACUCUUGCCAUCCAAUCUUAAUAAAAGAGCAAUCUUAAUAAAUGGAUAAAAAAAAAAGAGGCUAAAAAUGACCUAAAAUAACUUUAAUUUGAUUCC